GCAAGCCAAGGCAACAAGUUUUCAGAGUCUUCUACCACAACAUAUUUAAUUAAGAAAAAAAAAAAAUCCUUUUUUCCCUCAAAAAAAUUUAACAGAAUGGCCAUCCUUAUGCCCCGAAUCAUUCAAGCAAAACAAAUUAUCCGGAGAUCAUUAUCCAAUGGAAGAAGCACAACCUUAAUGGACACCCCGAAAGGCUAUGUAGCAGUUUAUGUUGGAGAACAAGAAAAGAAGAGAUUUGUGGUUCAAGUUUCAGUGUUAAGCCAACCUUUAUUUCAAGAACUACUACGCCAAUCAGAGGAAGAGUUCGGGUAUGACCAUCCAAUGGGUGGCCUUACAAUUCCAUGUAGUCAAGAUAUGUUUAUUGACGUUGCUGCUCGUUUGGGUGUACUAUGAAUUAGUUAAAACAUUGGUUGUUAGAAAAAGUAUAUGUAUCAUUAACCACUAGACAGUUUCAGUACAUAAUUAGGAUAACACGUACAAUUUGUAUGAAAUUCUUUACAAUCAAUGAUGUAAUACUUCUCAAUUUUCUACAAAGAAUAUGAAACGUCGGUUUUGAACA